AUGGGGUCACGUGUCUCGGGUAAAUUUGACUUUUCGUCUCCCGAGCCCAGGAUCAUAGAGCCCCUUGCUUCAAGACGUGCAAAGUUCAGGUUCAAAACACUUUCUGAAGAAGUCAUGAGUAACCGCAUAUUGCAUAUAUGUAAUCAAGAAGGUCUCAACCUUGGUGGCGAGCGACUUGUAGAUGGUGCGGAUGAGUAUCUGCAGCUUUUGGACGUGGCAAGCAAUACAAUUCGUGCACCCUCAGAAAUGGCUCAAGACUUCUAA